AUGAGUGCAAAUGGCAACAAGGGCCAGCACCGUCCAAACGUGUCCACGAAUGCGCACAACAAGGAGCUGCGUCAAACUCCGCCACAUCCGCCACAGGGCUACAAGAUGGUGGAGAAGCUGACGUUCUCCUGCUACUGCAUUCCUGGCGGCAUCUACAUGGAGUUUGUCGGUCUGAUUGUGGACGUGCUCAACGACAUUUUCCAAGCGGUCACGUUCUACCGAAAUGGCGAUACCCUCUUCUUCAUGUUCUUUCUUUUCUUUGUAGUGGUGACGCUGUUUUAUCAGGCUCGGAGGCUGUAUGAAAAGCAGACCACGCCGUGCAAGGAGGUUCGCGAAAGCAUCAGCCGUGGUGCACCAACGGAAACCUGGAGUUGGAUCAUGUUCCUGGAGCACACCAUGGAAGCUCCGGCGACUGGGCUGAUUGGUGCCUACGGCUUUUGCCUUGUCCCUCUGACACCGCUUACAGGAGCAAGUGCGCUUUAUGGCCUCUACAGCUCCGCCAGUGCGAUGGCCAAGGGCCGAUUGGCCCAAGAGCUGUACUCCCAUCGUCACCUGGCCGUGGAGGCACUGAAGGCAGUCCGACCAGGUUACGGACUAGAUUCAGCAUGGCUCUACGACAAGUACCUUCUCCUUGCCUGCGCGGCCGAGUUGGCGGCUUUCGCCAUCGCCAGCCACGUUCUCCAUCCAGCUGUGCCUCUGAUCUUCUACGCUGUGGGAGCUGUCAUCAACGUUUACGGAGCCGCACUGGCAGACGACGGGAAGCCUUUGCAGGUGCUGGAGUACUGUGUGAAGUCGCCCACGUUGGUGAUGUUUGGGUUCCACACAUACACCUUUCUGGCUCCAACAAGAAAAUCCCCUAAGCGUGGCAAAGGCUGGCCUGAGGGCUUGUUCAUCUUGUUUCGCUUUAGCGUCUCGACGUUGUACUGUUGCUUCUUGGAUCUCCCCCAUGGUAUUGGGCUGAGUAUUGGAGCUCUGAACAGGCCCAUGGGACCCUCUGUCUUGCAGCAGGAGUUCGUUUCUCCGAUGUUGCAUGUGAAAGAGUGCGCGCUGACUUGGAAUUGGUUUGCUUGCAACCCGACGGAAGUCUUCCGUGCGACACUCUUGGUCAUGGUGUGCUUCCUUGUUCCGGUGCACUUUCUGACAACUGCUUCCCAGCUUCUUCGCAAUCGAGUCUACAGCUGUGGUGAGCAAGAUCAGGAACUCAAGGACAAGCUGAACAAGAAGCAGGGAGAGAUCAUUGCUUGGGCUGGCACGAAGACCGCACAAGCCAACGUGCCAGCGCCAGACAACAGCGCCGCGUCCGAAGCUGUAAAGUUAUUGGACAACGUGGCGAACAUCUGUUAG